AUGAAAAGAUUAGAUUUGUUUGGAAGUUAAAUACAAUUCAGAUUUCAAGGAGAAAAAUCCUUCAACACUUCUCUUGGUGUUUUAUUCACUGUAGGCAUAGCAACAAUAAUUAUUCUUCGCUUAGUCAUCUUGCUCAACGAUAUUUAUUAGAGAAACAAUCCUGUCGUAAUUUAGCAAUAAAGAUAGGUCAGCUCACCAGAAAAAUUUGUGAUGGAUAGAUACUCUUUACCCUUUGCGUUUGGACUAUAAGGUGGCGAUAACUUGGAUCAUUAUAUAGAUCCCACUAUUUAUACAGUUACUGCAUAAUAGAAUACAAAAGUUCCUUACGUUGAUGAAAAUGGACAAACUUAAUAUACAAUUCAAGUCACUGAUGUAAAUGUAUCAAUAUGUACAUAGGAUAGCUUUAAGAAUCCUGCAACAAAAUAAGGAUUCUUAGAUUUGCCAUACUAGUAAUUAUUUUGUAUAGACCCAUAAUAGGUGGUUAUAGAAGGUGAUUAUACACAAUAGAAUUUCUCUUAGUUCUAAAUAAAACUUCACCCUUGUACUGGUUAGGGUUGCGGAGAUACAAAAAAACUUGGAAGAGGUUAUUUUGCAAUUUAUUUUUAGGAUGUAAUUGUUAAUCCCAAAAACAAAGACUAACCUUUUGAAUACUUUAACAGAGAUUUAUUUUGGACAUCUUCUUCUUCAACUCCUAAAGAAGUUGACAUGUACUUUGUUAACAACUAUGUUUAGAGCGAUUACGGUUGGGUUACUUCAGAUAUUUAAACUUUAAGAUAUCCAAGCUAUAGCGAAUAGGAUAAUUCAUACACAUCAGAUGUAGAUUACUUUUUUAUGCUUAAUCUAAGAUUCUAAAAAUAAAAAGAAAAUAUUUACUCAAGAAACUAUAAAAACCUCACAAAUGUUGUAUCUGAAAUAGGUGGAUUUGCUCAAUCUAUUUUAGCAAUUGGUUUCAUAAUAUGCUCAACUCUCUCUGAAAUUAUGUUGAACAAAUCAAUUAUUAACGAAGCUUUUGAUUUUAAGAUAAAAAACAUGAAUCCUCAAAAUAAUGAAAUUAGUAACUUGCAGUAACCUAAAAUAAGUGUUGGAUAAAGUAAUGAUAAUACCAGUUUGAACUAAAAGUUGGGACAAAAUGUUAACAUUAAUCAAGAAAUUAAUUAAAAAAAAUAAAUAUAGCAACAAAAAAACAUUCAAUUAGAAUCUUUUGUAAAUAUAUAGUCACCUGUAAAGAUCUAAAAAAAGGCAAAAUAAGUUAACUUUAAUUAAAUUGAAAAUAUAAACCAAAUCCCAACACAGCCUCAAUAACAAAUAACUUUAGAACAGAAAACUUAUGAUCAAGAGCAUACUAUUUCUAACACUUAAACACAAAGCAGCAUAAAAAUUUUAAGCUAGAUUGUAAAGAAAAAAUUUGCUUCUAUAACUAAUAGUUAAAAAUAAAGUAAAUUGGAAAACUAAUCUUAAAACUUAAUUGAAGAGAGUUAGAACAAAGAAAAAAAACUAAAAUAAAAUAAAUCUCUUUCUGAUGAAGAGUUUAAAAAAUUAUUGAAUAAAGAAAGAAGUGAUAUGAGUUUGAGUGUUGUUGAGUACUUAAAGUAUUUCUUUUGGCCAUUUGGAGAAAUUAAAAAGAAGAAACAAAUCAUAGAUUAUAGUGUCCAAAAGCUGUAUUAUCACUUGGAUUUGAUGUAUGUGAUAAAAAAAUUAUUAGAAGUCGAUAAGCUAAAGGAGCUUGUUAUGGAUAAGGAUUAAAUAUAGUUAUUUGAGUAUAUUUCUAAACCUGUAAUCACAGAUGAAGAAGUUUUUUCCUAGCUGAAUAAGGAUCAGCUUUAUUAGAAGUAAUAACAAAAAUAUAACAUUUUAUAUUAAGAUAAUAGAAGUGAAAUAUAAAAAGCUUAAGAUGCUUACUUAUCUUACUAAAACAUUCAAAAUAGAGAUAAAAAAACAUUAAUGGACUAAAAAAUACUGAGACAUUUAGAUCCAUAACUUUUGGGUAUAUUUAAUUACCAAGAGUUGUAAUAAUAAAAUAAUUCUAGCGCACUCAAUCUUUAACCACUUAUUCAGCCAUCUAUAGGAUAAAUUAAUCAAAAUUGUUUAGAAAAUUAAAUAAAUUCUACAAAUUAAUUAAAAAAUACUUAAAAUAUCAAUAAUUAAGCUGAUAGUAUUAGUGGUCCAUAACAAAAUAUUUUCUUUAGUCCUAGAAGUGAAUUAGAAAUUCUUGAAGAAAAAUAACAAUUUACUUCAUCUUCUGAAGAAGAACAACAAAUUCCAACUGAAGAAAAUAAUCAAGAUGCUGUAAAUAGGACUAUUAACAUACCCUAAAAUUAGAUUAAAAAAUAGAAAUAAUGA